AUUGAAUGAUACGCACGAGGAUGCAUUCCAAACAAACCAAAGAGUCUAAGAACUCCGAUGAUUUCACUGAGCCUCAUUCAAAAUUAUUACUAGAACGUUUCCCCUACACAACAAAAGAUUUUUAACUGAAAGAUGUCCCUGUACUGACCAUUGAUCAGAGCUUUUUCGCUGAUCCCUUCAAAACUAUAGACGAUCUCUAUGCAAAAGGUUAUGAAAAAUUUGGAAUUGUCAAACUUAUUCUCCCUCCAGAUUUGGUGGUUCCAAACAAGAAAUUCUUCUCUCUUUUGGAGUCUAAACUCAAGGGUAAGAGAUUGCAAACUCGUAUCUAAACGCUGAACACCCAAAGGGCUGGAGAGGUACUUUGAUUUAUUAGCCUAGAUAUUUGGUUCAAACUCCACAGGAUUUACUAUACAGGAGUACAUGAACCUUGCAAAUAAGUUCGAGUGCAGUCAUAAAUUGCAAGGAGUGAGGGAGGUUUCUAAUCAGAUUCGAUAGAAUGAAAUAGAGUUCUGGUCAAUUAUUGAUUAUCCGACGAAAUAUGACGAUGUUGAAGUGGAAUACGCAGCAGAUCUUCUGGCAACCAAAUACGCCACUGGAUUUCAGGAGGGUUAGUUGGGCAAUCUCAGUGGAAUAAACAAAAAUAGGAAUUCGAUUUUCUAGGUUCUUCAAGAUAAGAAUGAAAUGAGUGGAAUCUCAGUGCCUUGGUUGUACUUGGGCAUGAAGUAUGCCAAUUUUUGUUGGCAUAAGGAGGAUCUUAAUUUAAAUUCAAUGAAUUAUAUGCAUGCCGGUGCUGCAAAGACAUGGUAAUCUAUUUGAUUAAUUUAUCGUCUAGGUAUGCUAUUCCGCCCAGUUACAGUGAUAAGUUCCUUUAAUACUUCAACAAAGCAUAUGAGAACGAAAGGAAGCAGAACCCCCGCUUAUUAUACGACAUCACUUGUCAAAUCUCACCUGUAGAACUGGCUGAGAAUGGAAUCCCAAUUCUAAGGACUGAUCAACAACCAGGCGAACUAAUCUUAACAUUGGGGGCUACCUACCAUGCGGGUUUUUCUCACGGUAUUUUAUUUAAAUAAAAAUUAGGGCUCAAUUGCAGCGAAGCUGUUAAUGUGGCUCCCACCUAAUGGCUCAAGGAGUUCGAUAGAGCAACCCAGGAAUACCGUAUGGAUGGGAAUUUAAAGAAGGUAUUUUGAUUGGGGUGAUUAUUUCUUUAGGUGAGUUUCCCCUUGGAGUGGUUGCUUUGCAAAGUGGCUUUGAUGGUUGAUGAGAUAAGGUUUACUAAAAAAUCGUGGUAAAAGGUACAUUUUUUAAAUUACUUCUAAGCUAUUUGAGAAAUUCAAACAAAUGAUAGAUUAAGAAAUUAACAAUCGCAAAUGCAUACUGAGUUUGUAUGAUAAUGUUAAGACCAUUGAGUUUGUUAAUAAGUUGGAAAAGUAUGAUCGGAGUGUCUGCAAGAUCUGCUCCAAUUAUAUGUUCUUAAGUUACAUUUUUUGUGGAAAGUAUUAAAUUCCUAAACUUCAUUAGGUGUAUAAAGAAGGGAUGUAUUUGUCACCAAAGCAUCUGUGCUUGUGCUGCUCCGUAAAUAUCACUCUAUAUUCGAUACAAUUUUGAGGAACUGUAGGCGAUGCUAGCUACAUUAGAGUCCAAAAUCAAAACAACGGGGUCGUGA